AUGAAUCCCUAUGCAAAUCCUUCAAAAAUCACGCUUCAUAUCCCUCAGCAAUCUGAAUUCGCUUACGAGGAAUUAGAACGAAAACUUCUAAUUGCCAAAAAUAAGCGCCAUGAGCUAUACGAAAACUCGUUAAGAGAAAAACUGAAUUACGAAAGAGAAAUUCGUAAACUAGAAAGCCAAAACUAUAAGCUCUAUCGCUACAAUAAUGUGCUGGAAAUGAAAUGCCAAAGCGUAGACCCUGCAGCAGCUGAUAAAGAAAACCCUACAGGAAAUAGUAAAAAGGCCACAAGCUACAAUAGAAAUCCACUAAAAGAAAUAUCUGGAAAUAUUUCACGAAGCAAAAGUCGGGAUAAAUCUACGACAAAAUGUACAAAGUCAACACAAUUUUUAAGCAAAGAAAAUGCUGUUAUAAAUAGAAGAAUUCGUUCGAGAGCUUUGAAAUCAUCAGAAGUCCCAGACUUGUCUCCGGAUGUCCAAUAUGAUGAAAGCCUUUUCCAAAUAAUUGAUGAAAUAGAAAACAUGAGCAUUAGGAAGGAUUCUUUAUAA